AUUUUCUUCUACAGUUCUACAGUUCUACCCAAUAUCUCUUUUUCCUUGUUCUCUAAUACUAUUUAAUUCCGUGAAUUAUUCUUUUAUUAAUUCACCAGGAUAAAUAGGAAAUUUAUAGCUCAUUGAUCCUCGUAACCCCAGUUAUUUUGGUUUCAUCACUACACUAAAAAUCACGUAUUUCUAUCUAUAAAGCACCGAAACUUUGUGUUCUCCAGACUACUUUUUGAGUCUAGGUUAGUUGCCUUCAGUGUAUUCGUAGUUUCUUCAGUUUGGUACUUCUUCCGGAUGAUAAUGUAUCCUUUGCCCCCGCAUUUGAGGGAAUUGCGGACAAAGGAUGAUGUUGGAGAGGUCGUGCGUAGAUGCAUGAAGAAUAUUGUUGUUGUAAAAGGACCGAAUAAUGCUGUUAUUAUAAAGGACCUUCAAGGACGAUUUUGUUUCAAUACAAGCCUCUCCGAGCUCAACGAGGCUCGUGCUAUGUCGCGUACCAAGCAGGAGAUUGAAGUGUUGAAUAGAUUGAGACAAUUGAUUCUUGAAUCAGAUUUGAAAGUAGCAAUUACGAAAUUUCAGCAGUCAAACGACCCGAAAAUACCCCUCCAUGUCAUAAAUGAUUGCACCCAUUCCUUCAAUGAAAAAAAAUUCAUCGGGAAGGGGGGUUACGGAAGGGUUUACAAGGGAAUACUUACCUGGGCAAAUCAUAUAAACAAACUAGUUGCUGUAAAACGCCUAGAUGUCACUGGAUUUCAAGGUAACAAGGAAUUCCACACAGAGGUCACAAUGCUUUCAGAGUAUAGACACAAAAACAUUAUAACACUUAUAGGGUAUUGCGAUGAUAACGAAGAGAAGAUCCUUGUUUAUGAAUAUGCAAGCCAUGGAAGCCUUGACAAAUAUUUAAGUGGCCGUGCAAUGUCGGGUGGACUUUCAUGGCUACAACUCCUCAAAAUAUGUAUUGGCAUUGCAUCUGCAUUGGAUUAUCUUCAUAACAACGUGGCCGAAAAACACAGAAUAAUACAUCGCGAUGUAAAAAGCGCGAAUGUUUUGUUGGAUGAGAAUUGGAAUGCAAAACUUUCGGAUUUUGGGUUGGCGAGAAUAGGCUUAGCAAAUCAACAUAACACAUUUGUGAUCACCAACAUCGCUGGCACACAUGGUUAUUGUGACCCACAGUAUGAAAGAACAGGGUUUUUAACAAAAGAGUCGGACGUAUAUUCGUUUGGAGUGGUUUUGUUUGAGGUUUUGUGUGGAAGGCUAGCGUGUAUUUUGAAUUACCAUGAUGAACGGAGAUUCCUUCAUCAUUGGGCUCGAACCCACUACAAAAAUGGAGAGCUGGAUAAGAUAAUUAACCAGAGAAUAAAGACAGAAAUUAACCCAAGAACAUUAAGCAAGUUCUCAGCUAUUGCAUAUCAAUGUUUGCACAAAACUCGGGAACAACGGCCUACAAUUGCUGAAAUUGCAUUCCAACUUGGGGAAGCUUGGAAAAUCCAAUUUACAGGAAGAAUGAUAAAAGGAGAUGAGACUUUUGUCACAUGAUGAAUAAGAAAGAAUCAUUAGUGAAUCUUUAUUAAACAAGGGAGACAUGGACGAACAAAAUCUAAACUAAAACUUGGUUUUAUGGUUUUAAAGAGAAACAGUGAGACAACACAACAUCACAUGUUGCUCUUCUACACAGAUGAAAAAAGCAUUGAAAGAUUACCAAAUAUUUGUUUCUUUGUAUAUCUACUAUGUUUCUGUGUUAAUGCAUGGCCUGUAUGUUUUGUUGCAUUGUAACACUUGUAGUUGAAAAAAGUUAAACUCUAAGCGAUUGUAAUUUAUUAUAAUACGAACAGAAUGCAUCUGUUUUUAUUCAAACAUUAAAGGAAACAAACAAGGACAGAAAUUACCUAUA